AUGGAUAGAAAUCAUUAUCGUCAAUCCACAUUAUCCGCCUCGUUCUUCGCUUCAAUGUCCCCCUCAUUCUCUCUCAUUGUCCCCCUCAUUCUCCCCCAUUGUCCCUUCAUUGUCCGCCUCAUUGUCCCCCUCUUUCUCCCCCAUUGUCCCUUCAUUGUCCGCCUCAUUGUCCCCCUCUUUCUCCUCCAUUGUCCCUUCAUUGUCCGCCUCAUUGUCCCCCUCUUUCUCCCCCAUUGUCCCUUCAUUGUCCGCCUCAUUGUCCCCCUCUUUCUCCUCCAUUGUCCCUUCAUUGUCCGCCUCAUUGUCCCCCUCAUUCUCCCCCAUUGUCCCUUCAUUGUCCCCCUCUUUCUCCUCCAUUGUCCCUUCAUUGUCCGCCUCAUUGUCCCCCUCAUUCUCCCCCAUUGUCCCUUCAUUGUCGGCCUCAUUGUCCGCCGUCUCCGCGCCCGUGCAGGGCUGGGCUUCGUGGCGCGCGAGGGCACCAAGGUAGCCAUGCGCGAGUCUGCUUUCGGUCUCAAGACCGUGGCUAUCAUGUCAGCUGUCUAUGCUGCCACGACAGCAGCUAUUGAGAACUUGAGGAAUGAUCUACUUGACACCGUCUUCUCGUUCCCAUCAUUUUCUUACUGCGUACAACUCUCCGUUGCCCCCACGCCCACUUUCCGCGUGCACUCCCCGCGUCCAUUUCCGCGUGCACUCCCCGCGCCCAAUCUCCGCGUGCAUUCCGCGCGUCCAUUUCCCGCGCGCAUUCCCCGUGUCCUCCCCGCGCGCUUGCCCCCCCGCCCUCCGUCCGUUCCAUCAGCGGAAGCUCUUCUCCGCGUACGCGCGACGCUUCAGCUGUCGCAGGGGUCCGCACUGCCGUCGUGGACCGAUGCGACGAGCCCGUGCGACGGCGGAUGGGAAGCGGACGUGAGAUGCGACCCGGACACCAACCAAGUCGUCCAUCUCGACAUAUCCAGCUUGCAGCUAUCGGGGCCCAUCCCAGGCGCGGACCUCGCGCAACUCUCCUACCUCACCUACCUGGCUUUGGAUGGCAACACCUUCUCGGGCUCUCUGCCAGCAGACCUCUCCAGGCUGUCCGCCCUGAAGCACCUGUCUCUGGAAGGCAACGCAGUGGAAGGGCCCAUUCCAGGCGACGUGCUGCUCUCCCUCACCGCCCUCACGCUGCUCAACCUCAAGACAAACAACUUUUCGGGGCAGCUGCCAGAGUCGCUGGGCGCACUCACUAACCUGGUUGCACUCAACGUGGGAGCCAAUCAGCUGACAGGCGAGAUUCCAGUAUCCUACUCCGCCCUCUCGCAAAUCGUGUACUUCAAGGCGUCGCGCAACAAGCUGGACGGCGCCCUUCCCGACUGGUUCGGCUCGUGGCCGCGACUCAUGGACCUCGAGCUUUUCAAGAAUGACUUCACGGGCCCCAUUCCCGAUUCACUUGGCAACGUGCAAUCUCUGGUCGCCCUGUCACUGGACGAGAAUGCACUGUCGGGCUCGCUGCCUGCUUCCCUGGGAUCGCUGCCGCGCCUUGAAGCACUGUAUGUGGUGUCCAACAACCUCCAAGGGCCUAUUCCGGACUCCUUCAGGGGCAUGCAGAGCCUCAAGUACAUUGAUCUCAGCUUCAACCUGCAGCUCUCAGGUCCUCUCCCGGAUUUCUUUGGCGCCAUGCCUUCUCUCGAGUCCAUUGCCCUCGAGUCAUGCGGCUUCACCGGCUCCAUCCCACCCACCCUCGCAUCCCUCCCCAACCUACGAGAGCUUUUUCUCGACCACAACGCGCUGCACGGCGCCCUGCCACCCUCCCUGGCAUCCCUCUCAGCGCUCACAGCGCUCUACCUCAACAGCAACCAGCUCUCAGGCCCGAUUCCCGAGGACCUGUGUGGGCUGGGGUCGCUGGGGGUGAUUAUGCUGGGGCAUAACGACCUGGAAGGGGGGAUUCCCGCGUGCCUGCUCGCGCUACCCAACGUUACCACGCUCCACCCUCCCGGGCCACCCUCCCGGGCCACCCUCCCUGGCCACCCUCCCUGGCGUCCCUCCCUAGCGUCCCUCGCUAGCCUCUCUCUCAGCGCUCACAGCGCUCUACCUCAACAGCAACCAGCUGUCAGGGGGGAUUCCCGAAGACCUACCGACAAACCCAAGGGCGCAGGGGCAGCGGCGCACUCCCCCCCACCGUCACCCGUGCAGCAGCAGCAGCAGCAGCAGUCCCCUCCGGUUCAGCCUCCUCCAGUUGAACCCCCACCGGUUGAGCCGCCUCCAGCCCAGCCUCCCCCGGUGGAGGCUCCCCCCCAGGCGACAUACGGCGUAGCAGCAAUGGCUGCUGCAGACCAGGGCAGCAGCACUGACAGCACAAGCACAUACGCACCAGCGACAGCAGCAUCUGGGUGGGGGUGGCUGAACUUCCUCCUGCUCGCUCUCGCCCUCGCGUCAGCCGUUACCAUUGCCGCUGCAUGCUUCGGAUACAUCUCCCAGCGCAGACCCCCCUCCUCCUCCUCCCUUGAUGUUGCUCCGCCUCUCAGCCUGCCUCCUCCGCGCGUUGAAGAGUUGCCAGUGACGGAGUAUGGCCUCUCCAAGAUAAAGCGCGCCACCAAGAACCUCACCACGCUGUACGGCAAGGGCAGCUUUGGCACCGUGUUCCUGGCCCAGGACUUCCUGGCAGACCAUGCCAACCCGCAUGUUAUCAUCAAGAGGGCACACGACCCCGAGAAGAUGAGUGAGGAGCAGUUUAAGGAGAAGGUGGACGAGUUGGCGAGGGCGAGGCACCGGUGUCUGGUGGCGCUGCUGGGGUACUGCAUGGGCAAGACAGAGCGCAUGCUCGUGUUUGAGUACAUGCCCUAUGGCACGCUCUUUGACCGCCUCCACCGCUCGAACCUGGACCCCAUGCCGUGGGAUGCACGCGUGCGAGUGGCGGUGAACGUGGCAUCAGCCCUGGCCUAUCUGCAUCACGGCGUGGACCCGCCUCUCACCCACCGCGCUGUCACCUCCUCCAAUGUGCUGCUGGGCGCCGACAUGACUGCCAAGCUGUCGGACUACGGGCUGGCGAGGGGUUGUGCGGCACAAGCAGCAGACGACCUGGCACGGCGGCGCCGGGCGCACCGCAGCUCCCGCAGCCGCGGCACGAGCAUCGGUAGCACGGGGCAGCUAGACAGCCUCCAAGGCGGCAGCAGCGCCGGCAGCAACGGUGGCAGCAGUGGCGACUUGCUGGGCGGCGUGGGGGGGCGGUCGUUUGGGAGUGGGAGGCGGGGGGGUGGAGGAGGGGAGAGUGGGAGUGACACGGAUGGGGAGGCAGUGCUGUCGCGGGAAAGCACGCCGCACUUCGCGAGGGAGAGGGAGAGCACACCGAUUCUAUCGCGGGAGAACACGAUUUCGAGUAUGGACGAGAGAAAGGCGGAUGUGUAUGGGUUCGGAGUGGUUCUGCUGGAGCUGAUCACGGGGCAGAAGGCCAUGCAGGACGUGCAUAUCACCAACCUGGCGGCGCCCUUCCUAGAGGACGAUCAGAUGAUGCCCCUCAUGGCUGACAGCGCUCUUGCAGGUGCUCAUGCUCCCGUGCUCCUAUGCCCCCAUGCUCUCAUGCUCCCAUGCUCCCAUGCUCCUAUGCUCCCAUGCUCCCAUGCUCCCAUGCUCCCAUGCUCUCAUGCCUUUGUGCUCCCAUGCUCCUAUGCUCCGAUGCUCCUAUGCUCUCAUGCUCUCAUGCUCCCAUGCUCCCAUGCCCCAUGCCCCCAUCCUCCCAUCCCCCCAUCCUCUCUCCCCCCAGGCUACUUCAACCAGGACGAGCUGGUCUCGCUGGCCUCCAUAGCGCGGGACUGCUACUUCAACCAGGACGAGCUGGUCUCGCUGGCCUCCAUAGCGCGGGACUGCUACUUCAACCAGGACGAGCUGGUCUCGCUGGCCUCCAUAGCGCGGGACUGCUACUUCAACCAGGACGAGCUGGUCUCGCUGGCCUCCAUAGCGCGGGACUGCUACUUCAACCAGGACGAGCUGGUCUCGCUGGCCUCCAUAGCGCGGGACUGCUACUUCAACCAGGACGAGCUGGUCUCGCUGGCCUCCAUAGCGCGGGACUGCUACUUCAACCAGGACGAGCUGGUCUCGCUGGCCUCCAUAGCGCGGGACUGCUACUUCAACCAGGACGAGCUGGUCUCGCUGGCCUCCAUAGCGCGGGACUGCUACUUCAACCAGGACGAGCUGGUCUCGCUGGCCUCCAUAGCGCGGGACUGUGUGCACCAGGCGCCCUCGCAGCGCCCCUCCAUGCUCCCAUGCUCCCAUACCUCCAUGCCCCCAUCCUCCCAUCCCCCCAUCCUCUCUCCCCCCAGGCUACUUCAACCAGGACGAGCUGGUCUCGCUGGCCUCCAUAGCGCGGGACUGUGUGCACCAGGCGCCCUCGCAGCGCCCCUCCAUGCUCCCAUGCUCCCAUACCUCCAUGCCCCCAUCCCCCCAUCCUCUCUCCCCCCAGGCUACUUCAACCAGGACGAGCUGGUCUCGCUGGCCUCCAUAGCGCGGGACUGUGUUCACCAGGCGCCCUCGCAGCGCCCCUCCAUGCUCCCAUGCUCCCAUACCUCCAUGCCCCCAUCCCCCCAUCCCCCCAUCCUCUCUCCCCCCAGGCUACUUCAACCAGGACGAGCUGGUCUCGCUGGCCUCCAUAGCGCGGGACUGUGUGCACCAGGCGCCCUCGCAGCGCCCCUCCAUGCUCCCAUGCUCCCAUACCUCCAUGCCCCCAUCCUCCCAUCCCCCCAUCCUCUCUACCCCCCAGGCUACUUCAACCAGGACGAGUUGGUCUCGCUGGCCUCCAUAGCGCGGGACUGUGUGCACCAGGCGCCCUCGCAGCGCCCCUCCAUGCUCGACGUGCUGAGCGCCCUCGAGGACACCGUAGACGAGGACCUCCUCUCCUCCCUCCACGACCCUCAUGCUCCCAUACCUCCAUUCUCACAC